AUGGAAAAUAAAUGUGAUCUUGAGAUGAAUGAUAGUGAAAGCGCCCAAAACUCAAAGAAUAACCCUUCUGCAGAAGUUUCCAAGAGAAGGAAGAUUUGGGAUGAGUUUCUCGAACAGGAUGAUGAAUUUCUCGAACAGGAUGAUGAGUUUCUCGAACCCCCUCUGGAAGAAAGGAAGAUUGAUCCAGAGUUAUUGCACGAUGAGAUCACAAGACUAGUUCUGAGGAAUGGCUUGCCUUUAAGAUUUGUUGAAUACGAUGAAUUUAGGGAUUUGAUGUCUUAUCUUUGCCCAGGUUUUGAUCAUAUUGACAUAAAUACUCUAAUGAAGGACGUGCAAAAGUUAUAUGAUAAGGAGUGUGAGAAGAUUAAGGAUUUGUUAAAAUCUUCUGUCGAGAGGGUUUCUUUGUCCACUGAGUUAUGGACAUCAAUCACCUGUGAAGUCUACAUGUCCUUUACUGCUCAUUACAUUGAUAAGGAUUGGGUUUUGCACAAGAAAUUGUUGGGUUUUUGCAUCGUGCCAGCUCCACAUACAAAUGAGGACAUUUGUGAUUGUAUAACAAAAAUGUUGGUGGAUUGGGGCAUUGAAAAUAAAUUGUUUUCCAUUACUGUGGAUAGUGCUGAAUCAAAUGAUUUGUUUGUUGAAUUACUGAAGAACAACUUGAAUUUGAAGAAUGCUCUUUUAUGUAACGGUGAGCUUUUUCACAAUCAUUCUUGUGCGCAUAUAUUGAACCUAAUUGUGCAAGAUACAUUGAAGUGGAUAGACAAUUCUAUACAAUUGAUUCGGGAAAGUGUAAAAUAUGUGGAGGGUUCUGAGGGGGGAAAGUCAAGGUUCUUCGAAAGUUGCAAGCAGAUGGGAAUUCCAACAGAUACAGGGUUGCAUCGAGAUGUGUCCACAAGGUGGAUCUCAACUUAUCAUAUGCUUGAAUCCGCAUUGUUUUAUCAGAGAGCAUUUCUCAACCUUCAGUUAAUGGAUAGCAAUUACAAGGAUUGUCCAUCUACUGAGGAAUGGUUAAAGAUUGAGAAAAUUGUUAAGUGUUUAAAGCCUUUCAAUGAUGUUGCCACUAUGCUUUCUUGUUUGAAGUAUCCCACCUCAAAUUUAAAUUUUCUAUAUGCCUGGAUGAUCCACAAAUAUUUGUUGGAUGAGAUUUCAUCCGAGGAUUGUUUUAUGAAGAAGGUUGCAGAAGACAUGAAGAAGAAGUAUGAUAAGUAUUGGAGUGAUAAUAAUCUGAUUUUGGCCAUUGCUAUGGUCUUUGACCCUCGAUACAAAUUUAGUUUUGUUAAAUGGGUUUUUAGUGAACUAUCUGUCAACGGGUCAAAAGCGCAUGAGAUGUUCUCCCAUGUUAAAAGCAACUUGUCUCGGUUUUUCCAAGAAUAUGAGAACAUGGUAGAUGUAGGAGGCCCUUCAAACAAUGAUGAUGGUGCUGUUGGAGUUGAACCAUAUUGGGCGGUAAUGGUUUGA